CUCAUUUGUGCUAUAGUAUUUCCCAUCACAGUUGCAAUCUAGCUUCGCUCAGGUACAACUAUUCGUUAUCUUUCUUCCAUGAGACAUUAAACGUUGACCUGGAGGCCGAAUCAACGUGAACGCUUAUGUAGUGGGACUUGGCUUCCAUCAUGGGGUUAAUUUCGAUCUUGGUUCAUCUGAUUGGUGUGGCCAGCUUUGCCCUAGUCAUAUGGCAACAACUCCAAGAUAUUCCAAUUCCUCUGGAGGUCUUGAGUAAGCUGAAGGAGCUGGGAACACUCGAAUUUGGCGGCAAUUGGAAAUAUCUCACCUUUUGGAACUUGUGGCUCCAGCUCUUUUACUUUGGACUCUGUCUCAUUAACGACGUUUUGGGACGCAAAGGAUUCAGGAAUACGAGAACGAAGUUGGCGCGUUUGGAGGAUCACAUUUUCGCCUCAUUGGGAUUUCCCAUGGGGAUGAUUGUCGGGAUUGUAUUUUGGACGUUCUAUUUCGUGGACCGAGAAUUGUCUUUUCCCGAAAUUUUGGAUCAAGUCGUUCCAUCAUGGGCCAAUCAUCUAAUGCAUACAAUCGUGGUUCCAUUACAACUCUAUGAAAUGAUUUUCGUCUACCACAAAUAUCCAUCCAAUGUUAGUGGAUCCAUGACGACCGUAGGUUACAACUUCAUUUACAUCUGUUGGACUCUUUAUGUGGCCUAUGUAGGAGGAUUCUGGGUGUAUCCUAUCCUGCAAGUCUUACCCCCCAUUCAAAGGGCGUUAUUCAUCGCUGCUAUGAGUUUAUUUGGAGCAGUGGUGUAUUUUGCUGGCAAAGGCAUCAAUCGAUUAGUUUGGGGCCAGGACUACAUUAUUGACCAUCAACCUUUGCCCAAGAACACCAAAGCAUCCAAAUCCAAAUCCAAAAAAUAUGCGUAAUACGUACAUAUAAAUUGACCUCCUACCUGUUGUUGAACCCAGUCUUUGCAGCACUCGAAAAUGGACCAAUGAUAAACCAAGUAAGCAUACAAUUGCUCAUGAAUGUUGAUGGUUAGAAGCACUUGUCGGGAUUUGUCCUCGGCGAUCAAGUGACAAAGAGCGGGUAGAAGAAACCUUAACACAUCCGGGACGAAUUCUUAAAUAAAACAAAAUCGAAUGGA